UUCUCUUCACUUGCAAUUCUCUCUACCAAGAUUUUUCAAAAAGACUACCCUUGGAAAUGGCUUCUAUUUACCAUUCUACCAUUCUCCUUCUCCUUCUUCUGCUUCCUCUCUGCUUUCUCACUCCUCCUCCUGUUUCCGCUACCCGAAAACUCACUGCUCUUGUUGAGCAGCAACCGCUUGUACUUAAAUACCAUAACGGUGCGCUCUUGAAAGGCAACAUCACCGUUAAUCUAGUCUGGUACGGGAAGUUCACGCCCGUUCAGCGGUCGGUGAUCGUCGACUUCAUAAACUCUCUGAACUACAACGGGGCCCCACUCCCUUCCACCGCAUCUUGGUGGAAAACAACCGCCAAGUACCGUGGUGGUCCCUCCAUCAUCACCGUCGGGAAACAAACCCUCCUCGAAGACUACUCUCUGGGAAAAGUCCUCAAGAACUCCUACUUGCCCGCUCUAGCUUCCAAGGCGAACUUCCUGAACUCGAUCAACGUUGUUCUCACUGCCAAGGACGUCGCCGUCGACGGAUUCUGUAUGUCCCGGUGUGGGACCCAUGGGUCAACUCGCCCGACUGGAGGGUUGAAACGGGGUGCGUAUGUCUGGGUCGGUAACUCGGAGACUCAGUGUCCGGGCCAAUGCGCCUGGCCUUUCCACCAGCCCAUUUACGGCCCACAGACACCGCCUUUAGUCGCCCCUAACGGAGACGUCGGAGUUGACGGUAUGAUCAUAAACUUGGCAACCGUGUUGGCUAACGCCGUCACGAACCCGUUUAACCAAGGUUACUUCCAAGGCCCUCCUACUGCACCGCUGGAGGCGGUGUCUGCUUGCACGGGUCUGUUCGGGUCCGGAGCGUACCCGGGAUAUCCGGGUCAGUUGUUAGUGGAUAAGGUCACGGGCGCGAGCUAUAACGCGCACGGGGUUAACGGGAGAAAAUAUUUGUUGCCCGCCAUGUGGGAUCCGCAGACGAGCGCGUGCAAGACACUCGUGUGAGAGAGAAGGUGGAAUUGUACACGUGGCUUAAAAUUUUCUUAUGUGUAUGUUAGAAGAUAAGGACGGACUACGGGGUGGGGAGGUGUAUGGGCUGAAGAUGGGGGUUUGGCUUUAUGUUUUGUCGUUUUGUCUGACGUGUAAAUUCGCUUUGCAUGAAGAAUGUGAAAAAUAGUAGGAAAUGAAAAUACAAAUAAAAAUAAUAUUUUAUUGAAAAAGGGAGGCCAAAGUGGAUUGGGUUUACCUGAGUCUCGUUGGAGUGGUAAUGAUGGUAUAUAUCACCCUUCCAGAGUUUGAAUUCUCCUCUCCAUUUUAAUAGAAGUGUAUUGGGUAUGUGUUUUUUU